AACUUCCAAACCCAUAUCACAACCCUGAACACAGAUCACACAAAAUCUCGCCCCGCACAAUGGACGCACGCAAGUCCAAGUGCAACGACGCCGAUAUCGCCAGCGAGAGCACAUGCUGGCAAGAAGCCUCCGCGAGGCUGCGCACGGAACACCCCCAGCUCCACGCCCAAUUCGAAGGGCCCUCCGGCGCCGAUCUGUCCGGCCAAAUCGCGCAGUCGAUCAUGGACAGCCAAAAUCGCACGGUCGAAAAAGAUCCCCCUGCCGCGGGGACGCAUCGCGCUGCACACGAGAAAGCCAGAGUGCGACGGCGGGCCAUGGACACGAUCCUCAGAGCUGUGACGGUGUUCAGGGAUGUGGGCAGCGCGGUCGCGAAUCUCGACCCGUCCCAUGUCGGGAUCGCGUGGGCGGGCGUGAAUUUGAUUUUGCAGCUCGUGUUGAGUGGCGCCGAGCAGAACGCUGCCGCGCUGCAGGGGCUCGCGCACAUCUCGCCCAUCAUCACGAGAUAUGCGAAAGUGGAGGAGAUAUACAUGGAGCAACGACGGAAGCACGAUGCGAUCACUUUCGAAAAAGACUUCAGGGCGCAGGUCGUCAAGCUCUACGUCGGGAUUUUGGUAUAUCAGGGGACGAUCAUCGCGCACAGCAAGCGGCACCGUAUUGGCGAGUUUGAUUUUCCCCACCGGCUUUUUACCCGUAUAUCGACAACGUCCCCCCGAUCUUGGAGUGGAGACUAGGCUUACAAAAUGUGAAUAUCCAGAACACAGGGUCCGGCACUGGGAGCUCAAGGACAUCUUGGACCAACAGGACCAGCAAAAGGAAAUGUUAUCUCGUCAAAUCGGCGAUAUACACGUGCAAAGUGAAGCACUAUUCAGCCAUGCUGAUUGGCGUGAGAAUACGGAAAUCCUUGAUUGGGUCUCAACUACCUUGCCCGGCGACGACCAUACCCGAAUCCUAGAGCAUGGGAAGCUGAACAGCGACUAC